UUCCGAACUGCAGCCGGGUUCUGCUCCCAGCAGGCCAAUGAACGUCCCUCCCACCUGUCUCAGGUCAUGCUUGGUGCUGCUUGUCAUAUCAACGUUUUGCUUUCAGCCUGGGGUUACAUCGGCAUCUUCCUGCCUCGGCCGUCGCCAUUUGCCUACACGAGUACCUACCUUUUCCACUCUAGUUGCGAUGGGUUCUCCCCUUCUCAUUCUGUGGUCCAUUGGUUCGGGGACGAAAUGGGCCCGCUUCGGUUACUGUUCCUAUAUCGCCUACCGUCGACGAGAGAUAUAAGGUGAGGGUCGUUUCCCUCCUCAUCUUAGGUCUCCGUGCUCUUUCUCGAGGAAAUCUUUCCUACUUCGACCAUUGCUGUGGGCUCUAAUUCCUUGCCUGGUCUCUGUCACCAUGUCUUCCGGAGAUCGCGAGGCUGAUAUCGCUCAGCCAUUCCAACAGGGCCAUGGCACUAUCACCGAGGUCACCUCUAACGAAAAGGUCUACAUGACGGAGAAGGCGCUCGGCGACACUCCCGAUGGUGAAGAACCCAACCAGGAGGAGGUCCGCACCCUUCGACAUGUCGCCGAACAUCUGCCCAUCUCUGCUUGGCUCGUCGCUAUUGUCGAGCUUUGCGAGCGUUUCACCUACUACGGAAUGUCCGGCAUGUUCCAGAACUACAUUCAACGCCCUCUUGAUGGAAGUGAAGGUCGUGGUGCCCUUGGCAUGGGUCAGCGUGGUGCCACCGGUCUGACCACUUUCUUCCAGUUCUGGUGCUAUGUUACCCCUAUCCUUGGUGCUAUUGUUGCCGAUCAAUACCUCGGCAAGUACAAGACGAUUGUGGUUUUCUGCAUCAUCUACCUCGUCGGUCUCCUUAUCCUGGUCUGCACGUCCAUUCCCACUGCUCUGUCCCAUGGAGCGGGUGUUGGUGGUUUCAUUGUUUCCAUUUUGAUCAUUGGGCUGGGAACCGGCGGUAUCAAGAGUAACGUCGCUCCUCUGAUUGCCGAUCAGUACAAGCGGAAGAAGAAGGCGAUUAAGACGACCCCCAAGGGUGAGCGGGUCAUUAUCGAUCCCGCCCUGACCAUCCAGCGCAUCUACAUGAUCUUCUAUGCCUGCAUUAACAUCGGCUCUCUGUCCCUGUUGGCCACGCCCUACAUGGAGAAGUACAUCGGCUUUUGGUCCGGCUACCUGCUCUGCUUGUGCAUGUUCGCCGUCGGUACGGGUGUGCUCAUCUUUGGUCGCAAGUUCUACGUUGUCCGUCCCCCUCAAGGCUCCAUCAUCACGGACGCUUUCAAGGCCCUGGGAAUCAUGAUCGUCAACCGCAACAUGGACGCUGCCAAGCCUAGCUGGCAAGCCGCCAACGGAGGCAAUCGAACUAACCUCCCGUGGGAUGAUCACUUUAUUGACGAGCUCAAGCGCGCCCUGGUUGCAUGCCGUGUGUUCGCUUUCUACCCCAUCUACUGGGUCGUCUACGGCCAGUUCUCCAGCAACUUCGUCACUCAGGCUGGUGAGAUGGAGGGUCACGGUAUCCCCAACGACUUGAUGCAAAAUUUUGAUCCCAUCUCGAUCAUUGUCUUCAUCCCGCUUUUGGAGACUCUGAUUUACCCCAUGCUCCGCCGCAUGCGCAUCCAGUUCCGCCCCAUCACCCGUAUUUCCGUUGGAUUCGUCGUUGCCUCUCUUGCUAUGAUGUACGCCGCCAUUGUUCAGCAUCUGAUUUACUCUGCCGGUCCUUGCUAUGGCAAGCCCCUCUGCGAUGCUUCGCUUGUCGAUGGUUCGACGACUGGCAACCACGUUCACAUUGCCAUUCAGACGCCUGCCUACGUUUUCAUUGGUAUUUCCGAGAUUUUCGCUUCCGUUUCCGGUCUGGAGUACGCCUAUACCAAGGCGCCUCCGUCCAUGAAGUCGUUCGUGCAGUCAAUGUACCUCCUCACCAAUGCGUUCGGUUCCGCCAUUGCGGAGGCUUUGACUCCUGCUGCGUUUGACCCUGCCAUCAUGUGGAUGUUCGUCGGGUUGGCUUGCGCCUCCUUCCUUGCUGGUAUCAUCUUCUGGCUGGUGUACCACCACUUGAACGACCAGGAGGACGAGAUGAACGCCUUGGAUGCGGAAGAUCCCGAAAUCCCUGCCCCCGUGGAGCAGAAGAAGGACCAGGAGAACUAGGCUUCUCCACCCCUCUAUUUAAUGUAUUAUAAUUUGCGAUGUUCGUGGAUGGUGUUUUCUUUUGAGACGUGGUAUACUUGAUCAUCUCGCGCAGGCUCGCGUCACAGCCCUUUAAUGAGCAGAUGCGGUAUGACGACCCCUAUGUGUGUAUAUAUGCAGGGUGUACGGAUGGACGUUUUUUCAUUCCCUCACUACUCUAUAGUAUAGUUUUAGUUAGCAUAUACAGACCUUAUUACUAUUACU